AAAGCAAGAUAAUAAUAGUUCUUGUGUUGAAUGUCUGCCGGUAGUCUUCCUUUGGGUCUUAAGGUUUUGGGUGCAUACUUACGAGGUAGGGACAAAGAGGAUUGGAUAGAUAUGAUUCCUAGCCUUCGCAGUAGGCUGAAUGGAAAAAUUGAGAGGACACUAAUAGUCAGCUAUGAAGGGUUAAACAACAAGAAAGAUAAAGCAAUAUUUCGUCACAUUUCAUGUAUUUUCAAUGGUGAACAAGUUGAUCACAUCAAGAUGCUACUAAAAGAUAGUGACUUGGACUUUAAUAUUGGGUUUAAAAACCUUGUUGAUAAGUCUCUUGUACAUGUAAGACGGGAUAGUGUUGAGAUGCACUGUUUGCUACAAGAUAUGGGUAAGGAGAUUGUCCGUGCACAGUCUGAUGAGCCUGGAGAACGAGAAUUCCUUAUGGAUUCGAAAGAAAUUUGCGAUGUGCUUGAAGAUAACACUGGUACUAAAAAGGUUUUAGGUAUAUUAUUGGAUAUGGAUGAGACUGAUGAACUGCAUAUACAUAAGAAUGCUUUCAAAGGAAUGCGGGAUCUCUUCUUUCUAAAGAUUUAUAACGCUAAGAAAUGGGACAAGAAGAUAAGAUGGUGCUUACAGAAAGGCUUUGACUAUCUGCCCCCUAAACUUAGAUUAUUGAGGUUGGAUGGAUAUCCAAUGAAAUAUAUGCCUUCAAAUUUUCGUCCUGAAAACCUUGUUGAGCUUCAAAUGUCAGAGAGCAAACUCCAAAAGUUGUGGGAAGGAGUUCAUUCACUUGCAGGGCUCAGGGUAAUGGAUUUGAAAGGAUCCAAAAAUCUGGAAGAAGUACCAGAUCUUUCUAUGGCCACUAAUCUCCAGAUACUUGAUCUUGAUUAUUGCUCGAGUUUGGUGGAGCUUACUUCCUCUAUUCAGCAUCUCAAUAAACUGGCGCAGCUGUGUAUGUCAUGCUGUGAAAAUUUGGAGACUCUUCCCACAGGAAUAUACCUCCAAUCUCUUGAUAAGCUUUUCCUUGACGGAUGCUCGAAGCUGAAGAUUCUUCCUGAUAUUUCGACCAACAUCUCAACGCUUAUUCUAGACGAAACAGCGAUUGACGAGUUCCAUUUUAUCUUUCGUCUUAAGAAACCCAUAAUUCUUGGUUUCCGCAAAACGAAGAUUGAGAAAUUGUGGGCUAUAGAGCAGCCACUUACAUCAAUCAUGACGAUGCUGUCUCCAACUUUACAGAGAUUGUUUCUCUCGGAUAUCCCAAGUUUGGUGGAGCUUCCUUCCUCUAUCCGCAACUUCCAUAAUCUUGAUUGUCUGAAUAUUACAGAAUGCAUAAAUAUGAAGAUUCUUCCCACUGGUAUCAACCUUCAAUAUCUCUAUGACCUUACACUAAAUGGAUGCGUAAGUUUGAGGACUUUUCCUGAUAUCUCAACCAGCAUAAAACAGCUCAAACUAGCCCGAACAGGGAUUGAAGAGGUUCCUUGGUGGAUCAAUAAGUUCUCUAAGCUCAAAUACCUAGGAAUGGAGAGCUGCAGCAACUUAGAACGUGUAUCCCUUAACAUUCAUAAACUGAAAAAACUUGAGGGAGUUGACUUUUCAAACUGCGGGAAAUUGACCGAAGCUAGCUGGAUUGAUCGUCCAGAUAAUCUUUUCCCAAAAGUCAGUACCAUCAAUUUCAUCUGCAACAACUUGGAUCCAGAAGCUCUCCUUCACCAACCUUCAUUUAUUUUUGAGAAAUUGAUCAUGUCAGGUGAAGAAGUGCCGUCAUAUUUCACUCACCUUACAACUGGAACCUCCUCCUCUUUAACCAUCCCUCUACCUCCUAGUUCUAUCUCGCAACCAUUUUUCCGCUUCAGGGCUUGCGCGUUGGGUUUUUUCGACUCUUUGCACACAGAUCGUAUUAAAGCAGUAUUUAUCCGUGUCAGCUGUCUGUUCAGAGGCAUAUUUGGGGACAGCUUUGAUUCUUUUGGCGAGCAACAAAUCUUUUUCGCAAGGGAUAGUCAUCUGUUUAUAUUGGACUGUCGUGUCCCUCUUAACAAAGGCAGUGCUCCUAUAUCUCAUCUAAACUACGAUCACGUGGAAAUACAACUCCAUGUAAGUAAUAGAAUGGACGCUACAUUCAGAUCGAAAAUAUUGGAUCCUGGGGAAUUGCAUCAUCUGAUUAAUAUCAGUGAGUCCAAGUUCAACUUAAAAGGAUGGGGUAUAAGACUUGCUGAGGACUGCUUAUCACAGAAGAAUCAACUUGGUAAUCCAAAUACUCUUCCACGAGUUUGUGAACAAGAGAGUCGAGACAGUUUUGAAGAGAUAGAGAAAAACAAUAAGCGAAUGCGGGUAAGCCUCAAGCAUGACCUGAUGAACAUAAUACUCUUUCAUCAAUAGAUCACUGAAUUUAUUUCUUUUACUUCUUAUUUUGCAGAUUACGUGAAAGACCACUCAAGACCUGAGAGGAAUACAUGAAUCCAGUUUGAAUAUUUUUAAAUCUUUAUAAGUUUAUAGUGAUUUACAAAGCAUGCCUGGACUUUAUAAUUAAUAUAUACUUAGUAUUACCACCCCGUGCUACGGGCAAGCUUUUGGUUGCAGUUAUGUUUUGUCAUAAUAAAAGUGAAAUUAAAAUAAAUUUGAAAAAAAAACAUUAAACUGUUUCGAUUGAAAAUAUUUGUACAUAGGUUUGAUAUCCAAACCCAGUAGAAAAAUGAAUGCUCCAUCUAAAAUAAAAGAACACAUUUUAGAUUUUACUUUCUUUUUGUACUUGCAUUUUUAGAUUCUUCUCGAUCUCCUUCGUAUUCUCUACAUCCAAAACCAACCUAAAACUUCAAAAAAAUUUUUUUUUUUUUUUGAACAGGACCUAAAACUUCAAAUAUAAGACAGAAAACAUGAAUAAAACAGUCGACUAGUAUACAAUAAACUCAUAAACAGAUUUUAAAAAUAGUUGAAUAUAUAUGUUAAGAAAGCAUAAUUGUAAACCAUAACAAACAUAUUUGUGAAUUCUCAAUUUAUACAUAGUAGAUUCAGAUAUACUUAGGAUGUGACUGGUAACCAUCAUAGGAACAAUAGGAACGGAUAGAAAGGAAAUGAGUAGGAAUAAAAUUUUAGGAAUGAUGGUUCUUUGUCAAAAUUAAUGAAGAAUAGAUUUGUUCUAUAAUUCUCUACGAACAAAGGAAUGAAGGGGAAUGAAAAGGAAAAUUCAUUCCUCAUGAAUGGUAAAAAAUUUAAGGAAUAUUAAAGAACAUAGUGUUCCUCCUCGUUCCCUUGGUCACCAGUCACACCCUUAA